UUUCUUUCUUCCCCACAGGAGCUGAAUGACUUUAAAGAGGUCACUCAGUGUGUCUUCCCCAGGCUGUUGGACACCAAGCUCAUGGCCACUACGCAACCGUUCAAGGAGUUGAUCAACAUCACGUCUCUAGCAGAGCUGCAGAAACAGCUGAAAGAGAGCCCCUUCAAAUCUCCUACAGUUGUGACGGCGGAGGGGUUCCCCAGCUACGAUACAGCCCAGGAACAGCUCCACGAGGCGGGCUACGAUGCCUUCAUCACUGGUCUCUGCUUCAUCUCCAUGGCCAACUACCUCGGUACUUUCCUGACUCCCCCCAGAGCCCACAUCCCAUCCCAAUCGAAACUCAUCCAACCCUUCGUCAACAAACUUUUCCUGAUGAGGAUCAUAGAUAUUCCCUACCUCAACAUCAGCGGACCAGACCUCCAGCCCAAGAGGGAUCAUGUUCUGUACGUCACCUUCCCUAAGGAGUGGAAGACCAGUGACCUCUACCAGCUGUUCAGUGCCUUUGGUAACAUCCAGGUGUCGUGGAUUGAUGACACGUCAGCGUUUGUAUCUCUGAGUCAGACCGACCAGGUUCAGAUCGCGAUGAACACCAGUCGCUACGCGGAGAGCUACCGUAUCCAGACGUAUGCCGAGUAUGUCCAGGGCAGGCAGCAGGUCAGGGAGAGCCAGGGCCAUUCUACCCAGUCCUGGGACGAGGACGGCUGGGUUAAACCGCACUACACCUCCCCCUCUACAGUUGGUGCUGGUCCUACUGGCUACAGCUACGGUCACAACAGGCCGUCGCUGGGGAAACGCUGCGUCAGUCCAAUCCAGGAGGAGCAGCCUGCGGAGGGAGAGGCUCAGAGAUCACACGCUGACGGAUGGAGUGGCUACACGCACUCUCACACACACUCCGACACGGGCAGCAAGAAGAUCAGGACCGACGGUGUGUGUGUACGGACGUAUGCAGGAGUCGUGGACAGUAGGACGUCAGAAGGCUGGCUGAAAACUCAGUCCGAGUCUGAUUCGUCGAGCAUGAGUCCGAUCCAGGAAGAGGCGGGGUCGGAGGCGGGAGACGACGCUAGUGAUCCGGCGGCGGGCGAAUGGCAACAGCAGCCUUCAACCAAUCAGAGCAAGAAGAGCCGAAAGAACAACAGGAAGAGGAAGACUGAUGGUGCAGAGACGACGUCUUCUCUGUUCGACGUUCCUCAGGUCUGGUAGCGAUGGAACCCGAGCUCCUGGCUCCUUACCACCUGGGUUCCUACUUCCUACCCCUGGCCACUUGACUCCUACCCCCUAGGACCGG